UAUAGAAUACCUAGCAUUCCGAGGUGUCGCUUGUGAAUGUGAACAUUUUGCCUGUCAGUGUCGCGUGGGUCUUGAUGCGCCAUGGUUACGUGAAACGAAAGGGUGCAUCACAACAAAUUACAUACCGGAGAAUGAGACUAUUGAGGUUACGAUGAAAUUCAACGAGACAGAAGUACUGUCAAGAAUUGUGCCUGUUCGAGAUUUAAAACCCGGUGUAGCGCUCUGCGCGAACAUUCCUUUCGCCAAAGAUGUUAAAGCCUGCAUUACGAACCCUAGAUUCCAAAUUAUUAAAAAUAAUUUGAGGGCAUGUAUCAGUUUGUCGAUUGAAAAAUUAAACACGAAGUACUCUGUGGUGGCCUUUAGAUGCUUUGAAAUGGGACCGGGUAAACUCCCCGAAUCGGUUCCUGGAUUAACUGAUAUCUUGAAUCUGCCGUCAUCGAAAGAAAAUAAUCAAACUGAAUUAAACCACCAUGAGAAUCCCAAGUCCAAGGAUGAAUAACGUUCAUGCAUGAUUUGAAUAAAGCUUGAAAUAAUUUGAA